CGCCUCGCGUGUGUGUCUACCAGCGACUGAGACGCCCUUCUCCGACGACGGGCUGCCGCCACCACCACCUUCCCUCCGCUACCAGAUAGUCUGCCACCCCAUCCUUCUUAACCUACCUUUCGGGUCUGGGCAGAUCUACGCGGGGGCGUCGACCCUUUUUGCAGCCACGCCCCAACCCGACGGCCCUUCUUAUCCUUGGUGCAGCAUCUCACUUCCAUUCCAUCAGAAGCAGCAAAGCAGGGGCACAGGGCGAACAGAUAACUUGGGAAAACUGAUUAUGUGCCGUCAGGGGAGAAAGGAAACAACGGCAGACCGUCUGCAACGGUUAGAAGAAGAAUUAAGGAUGAUGGAGGAGCAAAUAGACGUACUUAGCCAGCAAGGUACCGGCCCAUCUCAGUGGCGGGACGAAGAUCCUGCAUUCAAUGCUACCGGCCCACCAUCUCAGCGGAAAAGCAGCGUGGCUUCCAAGGAGCUUCCGGCUGAUGAUGAUGCAGUGAUGUUGGCUGCUCCUCGCUACCCCGUGGAUGAUAUCACGGAGAGCGAAAAUUGUGAGCUGCGUGUGAAAGUUGUAAACUUAUCAAUCAAGGCGGCGGUCGGCUUUGCCUUACCUUCUGGACCUAGACCAACUUACCCAGAUGGCUACGCUGUUGUCAGGGUGGAUGAAGUUAUGAAGGGAUUUGAGCACCUGGAACUUUACUUCCCUGCAGGUGAAGGGAAUCUGAUUGAACUGGGAGAAGCCAUGAAAGGCACCGUUCUAUGGCCAAAGGAAGACAUCGUGAUUCCAAAUUGGACGCCAAGGCCACCGACUUCUCAGAGUAGCAAUCCAGCUCAAUCUCCGCCGCCUCCGCCGUCUCCGGCGCGUCAGCAGACUCCGCCGCCUCCGUCGCAUCAGCAGAUUCCGCCGCCUCUGUCGCCUCAGCAGACUCCGCCGCCUCAGCCCCGGUUGCUAAAGCGGAAGAGCACCGCCUCUCCGGCAGCUACUACAGCUGCGAAGGAAUCCUCAGCCGCAAAGAAGGCUCCUGCCAAGUUACGAUACGAGUUGACUGAUGAGGAACUCGCAAGGGAAGUGGAUGCCGAUGAGAAACGCCAGCUUGCACCGAAACGGUCCCCGCCAAAGCAGUAUAUAGCACCGAGAACAGUGAAGCACUUUGUGGACAUGCUUGAGCGACCAAGGGCAGAACAUUUGCCAUCAGACUAUGACCGCUCUAUUAUACAGUCACGUAACGCAAAUGUGCAGCAGUCGAGAAGUAGUAGUGCAAGCGGGAAAACAAUUCCCAUGGAGGGAAUCCAAAGCAGAGGCAGCCGCGGCGGUGGUGGCCGGGAUGUUUCCUCUUGGCAUCAUCUAAUGAGGAAACCUCACCCUGAGUCCAUGUCGUGGAAAAGGAGUAGACGUAAUAUGUCUUCUGACGGACACGCACUUACGGGAAAGAUCAUCGAUCAUGGCAGUGCGAAUGCAAAUGUUUCAAGUGCUGAGUAUGAUGAGAAGUCCCAUGAGGAUACUUCAAAGAUGACUCAGAAGCUAGACCAGUUGGCUGCAAAGAUUCUCCGCCUUCAAAUGAAAGCUGACCAACUACUUUCUAGGAAAAUGGGGGCUUUGCUGGAGGAUGAAGACACUUCAGUUGAUAAACCUCGGCAUGAAAAGGGAAGGAGCUCAGUCAGGCACACGAUAAAGCCUAUUGUAGCUGAAAGCAGGAAAGGAGAAGAGGAUGAGUAUGAUUUUGAUGAUGCUCCCAGAAGGAAGAGUGAAGGCGCGCAGGAGGAGAAGAGAAGCACUCAUGGACAUAUCUUAACUCAGAAAGAUUGCUGUUCGUAUUGUUUCGAGAACCCAUCGAGGCCAAAGCAUCUGGUUGUGUCUAUUGGGAACUUCACUUACUUGAUGCUUCCACAGUUUGAGCCCGUUGUUCCUGGGCACUGUGUUAUUCUUCCGUUGCAGCACGAGUCUGCAACAAGAGCAAUUGAUAGCAAUGCAUGGGCGGAGAUUCGCAACUUCAAAAAGUGCCUCCUGAAGAUGUUCACACAGCAGCGCAAGGACGUGAUUUUCAUGGAAACUGCCAUAAGCUCGGCCAAGCAACGGAGACACUGCAUGAUUGAAUGCAUCCCUGUGCCCCAUGAACUCUCAGACAAAGCUCCCAUGUACUUCAAAAAGGCAAUUGACGAAGCUGAAGAAGAAUGGUCCCAGCAUGAGCCGAAGAAGCUUAUUCCAACAAGUGGUAACGUGCAGCAAGUCAUCCCAGAGAACUUUGCUUACUUCCAUGUAGAGUUUGGGCUAGACCGCGGGUUCAUCCAUGUGAUAGACGACGAGAGCAGAUUCAGUGCUGGUUUCGGUCUGAAAGUCAUCAGAGGGGUUCUCAGCUUGCCAGUGGAGGACAUGCACCGACGCCGAAGGCAUGCAUCAGCGGAUGACCAGAAGCGAGCCGCUGUGAGCUUCAUGAAGGGCUGGGAGCCCUUCGACUGGACAAAGCAGUUGUGAUUUGAUGCUUCUGAAUGCCUCUUAGUUCAAGCCAUAUACCUGGUACCGACAUUAAUGCUCAUCCUAGAAUGUCACCGUGGAUUGUUCGGCGACCAGACUAGAUGAAAGGAAGACAGGGAGAUUAGUUUUUUUUUUCUAGCAGUUUUGGGCAUCAUGUAUUCGGGGUCCUGGUAGCUUGAGCUUUGGUCUUAUGCUGAAACUUGGACAUCGAAUUGGACUUCUCUUUGCUACUAGUAUAGUUCAG